GUGGACGUGGUGCCUGUUCACGGCGGAGUCACCUUUCUCUCGUCCUCUCCCCGCACACGACGGCACACCAGUAGACAGGCAGCUCAGCUCGUGGCGAGAAGGCGGCGGCGGCGGCGGCGGCGGCGGCCAGGGAAAGACCAAUGGAGGACGACGAUGCAGCACCGCAUCUUCCUAUGGACAUCUUAUACAAGAUCCCGACACACAUCUCUGAUCCAGCCUCCCUUGCCCGCCUCGCUUCGUCCUGCAAGUUCUGGCGCAAUCUCAUCAAGGACCCGGCCUUCCUUGAGCGCCUUAGGAGGCGGCACCGCGACCACGGUUUCACCCCGUCCCUCCUUCUUGGCUUCUUUUACCAGGACAAGAAAAGGUCUUCCUCUGACCUCUGGAAGUAUUACAUUGACAAAACCCGCUGUUUGGCACCAAGCUUCAUGCGGAUGUCUGAAUUGUCGCACUUUGUUGGCAACAAAUCUGCUCGCAAUGCUAUUAAGCCACUAUCCCUUGAGACCUUUAUUCCAGGUCUUGGUGCAAGCCUUAACUUCUAUAAGCCCAUUGCAUCCCAGGACAACUUCCUGGUCCUCCGCCGCCAAUCAGAAGUUGCCACGCCCAACGGUCAGGCCCUGAAUGAUUUAUUAUGUGUCUGCAAUCCUCUCACUGGCGAAACCUUUGAGAUUCCUAGCCACAGAUAUGUACCUCCUGACCAUUAUGCCUUGUUUGUCACCAAUGAUGUCAACAUUUAUGGAUGCAUGUCCCAGUCCUUCCAACUGACCGGCAUUUGGAUAAAAAAGGGAGAUCGUUUCAUCUGUGAGUGCUACAGCUCGAAGACUGGAACAUGGACGAGAUCUCAAGGAGUUCCUCAUCUAAUGCAUGGCCUUUACUUGGUAUCAUCCUCAGCCACUGCUUCUGGUGGUGUCAUCCAUUGGCUCUGUGGUAGCUGGAAACAAAUGUCGCUCACUCACAUUGCCACGCUGCACAUUGGCAAUAUGGAAUUGUCAUACCUGGAGCUCCCACCCGAAGCAAAGCGCAACAAGGCUCCAGUGUUGGGGAGUUCAGCAGAUGGGGGGAUUCUGUUGCUCAUCGUGCAAGGGCUUCAGAUGUUACUUUGGAAGCACAGCAAUGCACUUGGCACUGACUCGAGCAGCUGGGUGCUUUCUGAAAGAAUUGACAUGCGAAGUUCCUUGCCGCAGCGGGUGGCCACAUUGGGGAUCAGGGCAAAGGUCAGGUUGGAGAUGUUCCGAGGCAAAAGUGGGACGGUGGUGCUCUGGAUCGAUGAGGAAGGCCUCUUUGUGUUCAGCCUCAGCGAUAGGUCGAUGAGGAGGAUCGACAGUGCGCAUGUGACCAAGAAGUACUUCCUCUGCCCAUAUGAGAUAGAUUGGCUGUCCUGCCUCGCGAUCACGAACCUUGUCGUCGAUGGCUCGCUGUCUUUGGAUGCAGAAAGGCAGAAGACCCAAGGCAGAUGGAGGACAUUAAUGGGUAGGAAUUUGGCGACAAACGGAGCAUCUUAAUUGCCAUUAACCUGGUUUGUUGAUGGUAUGACAACCAUUAAUUAUAAUAUCAUUGAACGUGUUUCCUUAUGUAUGAUCAUCAUAAUGAUGGCUAUUAGUUUGUUACAUCAGUCUUUUUUUUUGCGAGGAAAGAGUGAAUAUAUUAGCUAGCAAUAGAGAUACAAUCGGUGUUCAUAGCUAUGGCAAUUUCCUGAGGGAAAUUUCUUAGCCAAACUGCAGUUUUCACCUGCUCUCUACCUAGCUGUGCUAAGCCAUGGCUCACAGAGUUGGCUUUGCGACUGAUUUUGACGAUCGAGACAUCUCUUUCCUGAAGAAGUUCACGAAUAUUCUGGACACGCGACACACAGCGCGACAGUUUGUUACAUCAAUCUAAUGGCAUUCACCGUGAAAACUUUUGCUCUUGUGUCCUAGUGAAACGCAAGACUUCAUACACUGUUUUUUUAAUUGAGCUAAGCGCUGUUUUUCUAGUGAACUAAGCUGUGGUUAGCCCAUGUUCUGUCUUUGCAUUUGAGCUGGUUGGCCAUUUUGUUGAAGGGGUGUGCAGGUAACGCCAUGGCAGCAUUGCUCAAUGGCUGUCUGAUUUUGCUGGUACCAUGAAUUACUAUAUUCAGAAUCGCACCAUAUGGUAUCGUGACAAUCUUCUUCAACCUGUUGCUUUUCUUCAAAAAUUUCAGUGUGCUGCUGGAGUGGGUUAGUCAAAGGAACAUGUACAAUAGGCCACCUCGUAUCAGGUCAACUGAGUUUUCCCUUGAGUGUCUAAUCUCCGGACUGUCUUAUUUUACCGAAUGCUUGUGGAUGUUUUAAAGAACCGACUUGGUUGUAGAGUUUAGGGUUAGUCCACUAAUCAAGCCUGG